CAGCGGCAGCAGCAUCAGCAGCGGCAGCACCAGCAGCAGCAGCAGCAGCAUCCCAGCUAAUAAACGGUACCUAUCCUCUCUCCCACCGAGGUGUUACCUCACUGAGCAUCCUCCGAAACAAAAAAAGAACGAGAUAAAAGAUAAGAUGGCCACCUCCUCCUCCACUCUGGAAGAAGAUGAGAGUUUGAAGAGCUGUGAAAUUUUUGUGCAGAAGCACAACAUCCAGCAGAUCCUCAAAGAGUGCAUCGUGAACCUCUGCAUCGCUAAGCCUGAUCGUCCCAUGAAGUUCCUGCGGGAGCAUUUUGAAAAGCUGGAGAAGGAAGAAUGCAAGCAAAUCAUGGCACGCCAGAAAUCUAACAGCCAGUCAGAUUCACACGAUGAUGAGGUUUCUCCCCCACCACCCAACCCGGUCGUCAAGGCCCGACGCCGCAGAGGAGGGGUCAGUGCCGAAGUGUACACCGAAGAGGACGCCGUCAGCUACGUGCGCAAGGUGAUCCCAAAGGACUACAAGACCAUGACCGCCUUGGCCAAAGCCAUCUCCAAGAAUGUGCUGUUCGCUCACUUGGAUGACAAUGAGAGAAGUGACAUAUUUGAUGCCAUGUUCCCGGUCACUCACAUUGCAGGAGAAACAGUCAUCCAGCAAGGUGAUGAAGGAGACAACUUCUAUGUUAUUGACCAAGGUGAAGUGGACGUUUAUGUGAACGGCGAGUGGGUGACCAGUAUUGGAGAAGGGGGGAGUUUUGGAGAGCUGGCCCUGAUCUAUGGAACUCCCAGAGCUGCCACUGUCAAGGCCAAGACUGAUCUUAAACUGUGGGGUAUCGACCGAGACAGCUACCGGCGCAUCCUCAUGGGCAGCACACUGAGGAAGAGAAAGAUGUAUGAAGAGUUCCUAAGCAAGGUCUCCAUUCUUGAGUCCUUGGAUAAGUGGGAACGCUUGACUGUAGCGGAUGCUCUGGAACCUGUUCAGUCUGACGAUGGAGAGAAAAUAGUGGUGCAGGGAGAACCUGGCGAUGACUUCUUCAUUAUCACAGAGGGAAUAGCCUCAGUUCUGCAGCGCAGGUCUGACAACGAGGAGUAUGUGGAGGUCGGACGCCUCGGACCCUCAGACUACUUUGGCGAGAUUGCCCUGCUCUUGAACCGUCCCAGGGCAGCCACCGUAGUCGCCCGCGGUCCCCUCAAAUGUGUGAAGCUGGACAGGCCCCGCUUCGAACGUGUGUUGGGCCCAUGCUCAGAGAUCCUCAAGAGGAACAUCCAGAGAUACAACAGCUUCAUCUCGCUGACUGUGUGACAGCCCGGCCCCUCCGGGCCCCACCAGCAGGGGUGGGCAACAUCAGCGCGGCAGUUUUGAUCAGUGGGUGGGAUAAGGAUAAGGAUGUGGGUUUCAAGGACAUGGGUUUUACAUCGACAGAAACAGGGCGCACAUUUCUUGCUUUCUUUUUUCAUUUUGCGCAUUUUUUUUUCUUUUUUUUUUUUGGACAUUUGACAUUUGUGCACUUUGACUUGACCUGUGCUGACUUGACGUAGCUUUAUGUCAUCAACACCAUUGCAGGAGGGUGAAAACCAGAGUGAGGACAGAGGUUGUUCACUUUGUUUUGUACAGUGUGUGUGGACUGUAUGUGAUGCAUGCUUCUAGACUGACAAAGACUGGCGCUUGCACCUUUGUGAAUUUAUUGAAGGACACGGCUGAAUUCAGGAAAUAAGGAGGAAGUAGAAGUCAUGUUUACGUACAGCAGGGGGAAGUGAGUCUCCAUUUCUUUGCACGCUGUGGUUUGCCUUUUUAUCACUUCUGAGUGUAUGUGUGUGUGUGUGUGUGUGUGGUGCUAUUUCUGGGUCAGAUGAGACCAGCACUACACACUAAAAUGUAGAUGUAGAGGUGUGAAGAAAACGUCCAUUUUUAGUCCAUCAUAAAUGUGCUUUUACUGCUGCCACCAGUUGGCAAGGCUGCUAGAGGCACUGAUGUUUUGAUUUGAGUAUGCAGUGUGUGUGUGUGUGUGUGGCAUCUAUAUUGUUUUUUCUUUUCUAGCCCCUCUCUGUGUCAGUUUUUCCUGAAGCGGAUCAGGAGCUUCCAAAGUUGCAGUCAUGUAAUCAGUGCUGUCCUCAUAGAUACGAACACGGAACACACAGCCGUGCUACACAUGCUUACACUCUCUCAGGCCUGAAAUCUGCAAAACACACAAACACAGACCUUUACUCCGAUUGUUCCGCAACGCUUUUGUUCUCCGUUUUAUUGCUAGAUGAAAGCUUUUGCACCACGUAAGACUUUGUAGCGUUGGGUUAUUACAACAGUUUGAACCAGCUUGUUUUUAAGACAUGACUUUUACGUUAUGAAUAACAUAGAAUAUUAUUUAAAAAAAAAAAAAGGUUAAAAAAAAAAUAGCUAUAGACAUAUAUGUAUACAUAUUCUAUGUUUGUGUUCCUUUGAUCAACUAUAUUCUGUCAAAAAUUGCACAACUGACCCAUCGUCUGCUGUUGUAUGAAACGGGACCUUAAGAAAAUAAUCUUUUCCCUAUUUUCUGUCUCUGUAUCUCUUUCUUUCAGCUAUCAAACAAUGUUGAGAAAAUAAAGAUAAGCCUCUGAAA